GUGCAUGUAGAUUAGUAGAUUGGCAUGCGGUAAAUGUCAGGGCUUUAGUAAUUCAUAUUUACAUCAGAAUCUUACAUUUUUAUGAACAUUGUUUCGAUGGGAAUAUUAUCAAUUUUCCGUGUGGGCUCUGUAAUAUGCAUUCGCGGAUUCUUCCAUUGCUUCACCAUGAUGGCUCUAUGGCAAGCCAUUUCCUUACUUGUUGUUUGUGGUCUCAUCGAGUGCAAUGACAGUAUGUGCAAUGUGACCUGCACCACAGACUUCAUCUCUAUGCUGAACUGCUCGAAUUCUGACUUGACAGGAACUGCAUCAUGUGUUAUUGUUGCUGAUUGCAGGGAUGAAGGUAAUGCUGUGAAUGCGAGCUGCAGUAUCAAAUCACCACAAUCUUGGUGCAUAAUUGAAUCAGAGGAACAUGAAAUAAUAAUGGCCUAUGAUACCAUUUGCAAUAUAACAGUAACGCAAAUGGACCAUAAAGGAGGGAUGGAAAGCCCAUCAAAUCGCUACUCCAAAGAAAUGUUUCUGUACAAAUCUGUUAAGCCUAAAAAGCCUUUUAACCUAAGGAUUGAAGAAUUUGAUGAGGGUUUUAAUCUCACUUGGGAUGUGGCUUAUACAGAGCACGAUCUGUAUGAAAAAUUACACUACAGAGUACGAAUGCGAACUAAAGGUGCCCCAGAUGAGAAGGGACAAAUGUACCUUCUGGAACAGAACCAACAAUCCAUGGUAAUCAUGAGUGAAAGCAUCUCGCCAGGAAGAGAGUAUGUGGCAGAUGUCCAGGUUGCAGUGCAUCCUAGAUGGUUUACAUCCAUGUGGAGUGAAUGGAGUAACAGUGUUGAAUGGACCACUCAGUGGACAUCUGGAACCAUAUUUGAGUUGAAAUCUAAUGCUCCGGGGUCAGAACAGUACUGUUUCCUGUUGUUGGUGGCAGUUGCCAUUGUGGUGAUGGUGGUUCUCCUGUACAGUGUAAAAUUAGGGGGCACCAAAAAGCUGUCUUUAUGGCAACAUAUUCCAAGUCCCCAUGACUACUUCAAACCACUCUACCAUACAUAUCAAGGAGAUUUUAAGAAAUGGGUAGGGCCAGUCCUGACCUUCAGUAACUAUGAUGUCCUUGAGAAAAGCGCCACUCUGCAGGUGCUUUGUGUCAAGCAGCAGAGUGAAAGCUCAGAGGAACCUGAUAACAACAGGAACAGUCACCAAGACUCCAGCCCUUUCAGUCUGGCAAGUCAAAACUCAUCCAAACUCCUUGGAAGCAACAGUCAUGGUGUCACACACGCUGGCGGCCACAUAUCAAUGGACACAGUUACCGUAUCUGACCAGGAGGGCAUCAUGGCCGACUGCUCUGGCAAGAGUCAUAGACAGAGCCUGGAGAACUUCCUCAGCUCCAAAGAAGCCAAUCAGAGAUUGCAUGAAGUGACUGAUGGGCAGCCCGGGGCUGUAGGGCCUGACAGGAGAGGUGGCUUACAAGCUUUAGACUGUGAUGAUUGGCAUCUACAAGAGGAUGACUUGGAGAACAUUGAACAUGUCUCACUGGACUCUUAUAGUUCUAAUGAGCAAUCCGAUGAUGGUUACCCUCAAAUGAGAUUGGAUUUAGACACCAUAGACAGUGGCUUUCUUGAGUCAGACUCUUCUAGCCCUUCAGCAUAUGAUGGGAACGAACAGAUAGAGACUUCCUGUCUAGAUGGUGUAGAGUGCUCCCAUUCAAAUUAUGUCAAACAGUGGGCAGCUUUUUCUGCAGUCCAAGUUGAUACCCAAAGCACUGGAAAGUAGCCGUGACUGUGUACAACAUCAAAAGGAACCAAUCAGCCAAAACUGAAUAAUAAGUUUCUAAGCUUGUACAAACAAGCUUGAAGAUGUCCCUGUUUGGACUUAAUUUGCUUAUAAGUUACAGCCCAGCAAGGCAUAGGUCCAGCAGUGGCUUGUGGAUGUGAGUGGAUGUGAGAUUGUGUGCGAAGUAUCUUUCACAGGACACUUUUAUACAACAAGAUCCUGCAGGCUAUAUAGAAGUCUGCAACUUGUAUAUAUGCAAGAGUGUGCCAAAAUGACUGUGUGUUAUACAGUAUGCCAAUUGUGCCUUGA